GCUCGGCGCCGGGCUCGUGCUGGAGGGUCGAGGAAUCCAGGUCAGCUUGCUGCGGGCAUUUGAGGUGACCCCAGAGGAGCGUUUCUCCGAGCUGCGGCCCCUGUCCGGGGGGAGGGGAUGGGAGCCGGAUGGACGAGAAGACCAAGAAAGCUGAGGAGAUGGCCCUGCGGCUCGCCCGAGCGGUGGCUGGAGGGGACGAGCAGGCGGCCAUGGGCUGUGCCAUGUGGCUGGCCGAGCAGCGGGUGCCUCUGACGGUGCAGCUCAAGCCGGAAGUUCUCCCGACUCAGGACAUCAGGCUGUGGGUGAGCGUGGAGGACGCCCAGAUGUACACCGUCACCAUCUGGCUCACGGUGCGCCCUGACAUGACCGUGGCCUCCCUCAAGGACAUGGUCUUCCUGGACUACGGCUUCCCGCCAACGCUGCAGCAGUGGGUGAUUGGCCAGCGGCUGGCCCGCGACCAGGAGACCCUGCGCUCCCACGGGGUGCGGCAGAAUGGGGACAGCGCCUACCUCUACCUGCUGUCGGCCCGCAACACCUCCCUCAACCCCCAGGAACUGCAGCGGGAGCGGCAGCUGCGCAUGCUAGCGGAUCUGGGCUUUAAGGACCUCACGCUGCAGUCGCGGGGCCCCCUGGAGGCGGCGGCACCCCCGAAGCCCGGCUCUGUGCAGGAACCGGCCCGCGUUCAGCCGGACCCGGCGCCCGAGCCUGCCCCGGUGGGCUGGCAGUGCCCGGGCUGCACCUUCAUCAACAAGCCCACGCGGCCGGGCUGUGCCAUGUGCUGCCGAGCCCGGCCCGAGGCCUACCAGGUCCCGGCCUCACACCAGCCCGACGAGGAGGAGCGGCUGCGCCUGGCGGGCGAGGAGGAGGCGCUGCGCCAGUACCAGCAGCGGAAGCAGCAGCAGCAGGAGGGGAACUACCUGCAGCACGUGCAGCUGGACCAGCGGAGCCUGGUGCUGAGCACGGAGCCCAGCGAGUGCCCCGUGUGCUACGCGGCGCUGGCGCCCGGCGAGGCGGUGGUGCUGCGCGAGUGUCUGCACGCCUUCUGCAGGGAGUGUCUGCAGGGCACCAUCCGCAACAGCCAGGAGGCGGAGGUCUCCUGCCCCUUCAUUGACAAUACCUACUCGUGCUCGGGCAAGCUGCUGGACAGAGAGAUCCGUGCGCUGCUGAGCCCCGAAGACUACCAGCGGUUCCUGGACCUGAGCGUCUCCAUCGCUGAGAAGCGCAGUUCCUGCAGCUACCACUGCAAAACCCCCGACUGCAAGGGCUGGUGCAUCUUUGAGGACGACGUCAACGAGUUCACCUGCCCAGUGUGCUUCCACACCAACUGCCUGCUGUGCCAGGCCAUCCACGAGCAGAUGAACUGCAGGGAGUACCAGGACGACCUUGCCCUGCGUGCCCAGAAUGAUGUGGCUGCGCGGCAGACGACUGAAAUGCUGAAGACCAUGCUGCAGCAGGGCGAGGCCAUGCACUGCCCACAGUGCCAGAUCGUGGUGCAGAAGAAGGACGGCUGUGACUGGAUCCGCUGCACUGUUUGCCACACAGAGAUCUGCUGGGUCACCAAGGGCCGGCGCUGGGGCCCCGAGGGCCCAGGAGACACCAGUGGAGGCUGCCGCUGCCGAGUGAAUGGGGUUUCAUGCCACCCCAGCUGUCAGAACUGCCACUGAGCUGAGACUGCCCCCGGGGGCUGGGAUCGGGGUUCUGACCUCUUCUCUGGCCCUCUGAACACCCCUGUGCUUGACGGAGGCGGAACAACUGCACGCCCUGCCCUGGUGCCUUGGACCUUCCCUGGGCUGGCCGGCCAGCCCCUCAUCUCUUCUCUGCAGCUCCCCUCCUUUCCCUGCUCCAGCCACUGGCACAGCCCUGGCCAGAGGCCUGCAUGGCUCUGAACUGUCCGAACAUGGAACCCUUA